ACCCAGGCACGUACAAGUCUUGCUGUGUACAUACUUGCUCUGAAUUAAAACCUUUUACCAAGGGAUCAGUAUCUGUGACUCCAUAUACGAACAACAAACGUAAUGAAAGACUUAGUGGUAAAUCUAGAAGCUGUGACUUCAAAACAGAUUCAGCAACCCCAGACAAAGUGAGAGAUGUUACUGCAAUGUUGCUAAGUGAUAAUAGUGUCCGAAUUACGUGCAAAAAUGGGGAAGUGAAUGGAGAAAAAACAAUAUUUGAAUUGAUUUGGGAGAGUGAUGGAAAAAACACCACCAGAGACAAUCAUUGUGAUUUUAAAAAAGAAAAUCUCUUGUACUUGACAAAGUAUACAUUUAAGAUCUUUGUGUAUAAUGGACAACAUAGAGGACCCCCAGUAGAGACUACUAUAAAAACCAGAUAUAAUUCGAGAGCCCUCAUUAUAUUCUUGGCAUUCUUGAUCAUUGUGACAUCAAUUGCUUUGCUGCUGGUUCUGUACAAAAUCUAUGAUCUCCACCAAAAAAAGCUUAGCAAUUCUUCUGAAGGUGUGAACCUUGUUUCAGUUAAAGAUGAUGACAGGCAACUUCUGAACAUAGAACCAAUACCUUCUGAGCAGUUGCUGGACACAUACAAGAGGAAGAUUGCUGAUGAAGGAAGGCUUUUCCUGGAUGAAUUUCAGAGUAUUCCUAGAGUUUUCAGUAAAUUUUCAAUAAAGGAGGCCAAAAAGAGCCAUAAUCAGAACAAAAAUCGUUACAUUGAUAUUCUUCCAUAUGACCAUAACCGCGUUGAGCUCUCAGAGAUCCCAGGAGAUCCAGGAUCAGACUAUAUCAAUGCAAGUUAUAUUGAUGGCUUCAAAGAACCAAGAAAAUACAUUGCUGCACAAGGCCCCAAGGAUGAAACUACACAUGAUUUCUGGAGAAUGAUCUGGGAACAGAAGGCAACGAUUAUUGUCAUGGUGACUCGCUGUGAGGAAGGAAAGAAGAACAAAUGUGCCCAGUACUGGCCAUCAAUGGAGAACGGAUCUGCAACAUAUGGGGACAUCACUGUGAAGAUCAAUGAAAGUAAAACAUGUCCAGACUAUGUCAUUCAGAAACUACACAUCACAAAGGGAAAAGAAAGGACAGCUGGAAGAGAUGUCACUCACAUUCAGUUCACAGGUUGGCCAGACCAUGGAGUCCCUGAAGAUCCACAUCUUCUCCUCAAACUCCGACGCAGAGUUAAUGCUCUCAGCAAUUUUUUUAGUGGCCCAAUAGUGGUUCAUUGCAGUGCUGGUGUUGGGCGCACUGGGACAUACAUAGGAAUUGAUGCCAUGUUGGAGGGGCUGGAUGCAGAAGGCAGAGUGGAUGUUUAUGGCUAUGUUGUGAAGCUGCGGCGGCAGCGAUGUCUCAUGGUCCAAGUAGAGUCACAGUACAUCCUUAUCCAUCAAGCGUUAGUGGAAUACAAUCAGUAUGGAGAAACAGAGGUCAGCCUGUCAGAGCUGCAUUCCUACCUUAACAAUCUGAAAAGAAAAGAUCCUCCGAGUGAUCCUUCUCUGCUGGAGGUGGAAUUUCAGCGAUUACCUUCCUAUAAGGGGUGGCGGACACAGAACACUGGGAAUCGUGAGGAAAAUAAAAGCAAGAAUAGGAAUGCCAACAUAAUUCCAUAUGACUUUAACCGAGUGCCGAUCAGGCAUGAAGAUGAAUGCAAUACGGACGGUGAACAUGAUUCAGAUGAAUCUUCAGAUGAUGACAGCGACUGUGAGGAAUCAAGCAAAUACAUCAAUGCUUCCUUCAUAACUGGUUACUGGGGUCCAAAAGCCAUGAUUGCAACACAAGGACCACUGCAGGAAACUAUCUCUGACUUCUGGCAAAUGGUGUUCCAAAGAAAAGUCAAAGUCAUUGUUAUGCUGACAGAGCUGAAAGAAGGAGAUCAGGAACUCUGUGCACAGUAUUGGGGAGAAGGAAAACAAACAUAUGGUGGCGUAGAAGUUCAAAUGACAGAUGUCAACUGUGGUACCAGCUAUACCAUACGUGCCUUUGAUGUUACACAUCUCAAGACAAAAGAAACACAGAAAGUGUAUCAGUAUCAGUAUCAUAAGUGGAGUAGCUAUGAUGUUCCAGAAAACCCCAAAGAUUUAGUCAGCAUGAUUCUCAACCUUAAACAAAAACUUCCAAGCAGAACAAUCACUGAGGACAACAGGAGAAACCGCAGUGUCCCACUUGUCAUCCACUGCCGUGAUGGAUCACAGCAGACUGGUGUAUUUUGUGCUUUAAUGAGCCUCUUGGAAAGUGCAGAAAUAGAAGAAGUAAUAGAUGUUUUCCAAGUAGUAAAAGCUCUUCGUCGCACCAGGCUGGGAGUGGUCUCCAACUUUGAACAUUACCAGUUUCUGUAUGAAACCAUUGCCAGUACCUACCCUGCACAGAAUGGACAAAUAAAGAAGAACAGCCAACAGGAAGAUCAAGUUGAAUUUUGUAGUGAAGUAGGAAAACGAGAUCAGGAAACUGAUUUGAUCACUAUUGACCUUACCCCACCAACGCCAGAGGAAAAUGAGCCUCCUGAAAUACGUGAUGAUUCUAAGGCUGCAGGUAGCACUAAGGGAACAGAAAGCUCUACAAAUGGCCCCACAACUCCAGUUCUAACUUAGAGGCUAUACUAAAAAAAAUUUUAAAAGUGCUUUUUCACACGCCAAAAAUCUUAAGCAGAAUAAGAAGCGUAAGAUUUCUUCCUCUUCCCACAUUUUUUUUUGAAAAUGUUUAGUUGCAUCAGGUUUUCAAAUGUACAAAUUUAAAGGAAUACUUGAAACUUGAAAAGAGCAACAAAGAACUGU